ACCCGCGCGCAGCCCAGACACCCGCCGCCGUUGCCGCCUUGCAACAGGUCCGCGGCUUCCAGCGGCCUCGCUCGCCUCACCCCUCCCCCGCGACCCCCGGGUCGCCUCUGGUCAGCUCGGGGCUGCGUCUGGCCACCCGUUCCGAUGCGGUUCGGGUCCCAAAGGAUGCCGAUGUUUCUUACAGUGUACCUCAGUAACAAUGAGCAGCACUUCACAGAAGUUCCAGUUACUCCAGAAACAAUAUGCAGAGAUGUGGUGGAUCUGUGCAAAGAACCUGGCGAGAGUGAUUGCCAUUUGGCUGAAGUAUGGUGUGGCUCUGAACGUCCAGUUGCUGAUAAUGAACGAAUGUUUGAUGUUCUGCAACGGUUUGGAAGUCAGAGAAAUGAAGUUCGUUUCUUCCUUCGACAUGAACACCCCCCUAACAGAGACAUUGGGACUGGAUCAAGAUCUCAGGAUCCAAGUUUAAAAAGAAACGGUGUAAAAGUUCCUGGUGAACACAGAAGAAAGGAGAAUGGCGUUAAUAGUCCUAGGAUGGAUCUGACUCUUGCUGAACUUCAGGAAAUGGCAUCUCGCCAGCAACAACAGAUUGAGGCACAGCAACAAAUGUUGGCUACCAAGGAACAGCGCUUAAAGUUUUUGAAACAGCAAGAUCAGCGUCAACAGCAACAAGCAGCUGAGCAGGAGAAGCUUAAGAGGCUGAAAGAAAUAGCUGAGAAUCAGGAAACUAAGCUAAAGAAAGUAAGAGCACUUAAAGGCCACGUGGAACAGAAGAGGCUAAGCAAUGGCAAACUGGUGGAGGAAAUUGAACAGAUGAACAGCUUGUUCCAGCAAAAGCAGAGAGAGCUCGUUCUGGCUGUGUCAAAAGUAGAGGAACUUACAAGACAACUGGAGAUGCUCAAGAAUGGCAGGAUUGAUGGCCACCAUGACAGCCAGUCUGCAGUGGCUGAGCUUGAUCGCCUCUAUAAGGAACUUCAGUUAAGAAACAAAUUGAAUCAAGAACAGAAUGCCAAGCUGCAGCAACAGAGGGAGUGCUUGAAUAAGCGCAAUUCAGAAGUGGCAGUCAUGGAUAAGCGUGUUAAUGAGCUGAGGGACCGGCUGUGGAAGAAGAAGGCAGCUCUGCAGCAAAAAGAGAAUGUACCAGUCUCAUCUGAUGGAAAUCUUCCCCAGCAAGCAGUGUUAGCACCGAGUCGAGUGGCUGCAGUAGGGCCCUAUAUCCAGUCGUCUACUAUGCCACGGAUUCCCUCAAGGCCUGAACUCCUGGUGAAACCAGCCCUGUUAGAUGAGGCCUUGGCCAUGCAGGCCUCAGAGGGGCCGAUGAAAAUUCAGACACUGCCAAAUAUGAGAGCUGGGGCUGCUUCACAAGCUAAAGGCUCUAAAAUCCAUCCAGUUGGCCUUGAUUGGAGUCAUUCAAAUGCAGAGAUUUCAUCAAGCCAAGGCUCUGCUUCUAUACCUAAAAGCCCUGGGAAUUCCCUGGACCAAGCUGAUGAUGGGGAGGUUCCUUUAAGGGAGAAAGAGAAGAAAGUGCGCCCCUUCUCAAUGUUUGACACUGUUGACCAGUCUGCUGCCCCGGCUUCCUUUGGUACUCUGAGGAAAAACCAGAGCAGUGAAGAUAUCUUGCGGGAUGCUCAGGCUACAAAUAAAAAUGGUGCUAAAGUACCACCUCCUGUUCCUACAAAACCAAAACAGAUUAAUUUGCCUUAUUUUGGACAAACUAAUCAGUCACCAUCAGACGUUAAGCCGGAUGGCAAUCCUCAGCAAUUUUCAACAGUUACUACAUCCAUGGGAAAUAAACCUAAAACGUCAGGACAGCAGCAGAGGGCUGAGCUGUCUCCUGGUGUUCCUUCAGUUGGCCAAGACCAAACCCUUUCUCCAGGCUCUAAGCAAGAAAGUCCACCUGCUGCCGCUGUCCGGCCCUUUACUCCUCAGCCUUCCAAGGACACCCUGCUCCCACCUUUCAGAAAACCACAGACUGUGGCAGCAAGCUCCAUAUAUUCCAUGUACACCCAGCAUCAGGCUCCUGGAAAAAACUUUCAACAGGCAGUUCAGAGUGCAUUAACCAAGACACACACCAGAGGACCACAUUUUUCAAGUGUGUAUGGCAAGCCUGUGAUUGCUGCUGCCCAGAAUCAACAGCAGCACCCAGAAAACAUUUAUUCCGGUAGUCAGGGCAAGCCUGGCGGUCCAGACCCUGACACAGAGCCUGUUUCUUCAGUUCAGGAGAACCACGAGAAUGAGAGAAUUCCUCGUCCACUCAGCCCAACCAAGUUACUGCCUUUCUUAUCUCAUCCUUACCGAAACCAGAGUGAUGCUGACUUAGAAGCCCUGCGAAAGAAGCUGUCUAAUGCACCAAGGCCAUUAAAAAAACGUAGCUCUAUUACAGAGCCUGAGGGUCCUAAUGGGCCAAAUAUUCAGAAACUUCUGUAUCAGAGGACCACCAUAGCUGCCAUGGAGACCAUCUCUGUCCCAUCAUACCCACCUAAGUCAGCUUCAGGGACUGCCAGCCCAGAAAGCCCAAUCGAGAUCCCAAAUCCAUACUUAAAUGUGGAACCAGAGAAGGAGGUGGUCUCUCUGGUUCCUGAAACAGUGUCCCCAGAGGAAGCAGAGAGUGCUAGUACAGAGAACAGUGACAUACCAGCUCCUUCUCCAGGGCUUGACUGUGUGUCUGAAGGAGUCUCAGACAGCAACCCAAAUCUCCAGGAUAACUUGGAGGAACCAAAUCCAGAGGCUCCCCAUCUGCUUGAAGUUUAUCUGGAGGAGUAUCCCCCAUACCCACCCCCACCAUACCCAUCUGGGGAACCUGAAGGGCCAGGAGAAGACCCUGUGAGCAUGCGUCCACCUGAAAUCACAGGGCAGGUUUCUUUGCCUCCUGGCAAAAGAACAAACUUACGCAAAACUGGUUCAGAGCGGAUUGCUCAUGGAAUGAGGGUUAAAUUCAACCCUCUUGCUUUACUUCUAGAUUCAUCUUUGGAGGGAGAAUUUGACCUUGUCCAAAGAAUUAUAUAUGAGGUUGAUGACCCAAGCUUGCCUAAUGAUGAAGGCAUCACAGCUCUUCACAAUGCUGUGUGUGCAGGCCACACAGAAAUUGUUAAGUUCCUGGUACAGUUUGGUGUCAACGUAAAUGCUGCUGAUAGUGAUGGAUGGACUCCCUUACAUUGUGCUGCCUCCUGUAACAAUGUUCAAGUGUGUAAGUUUCUGGUGGAGUCUGGAGCUGCCGUGUUUGCUAUGACCUAUAGCGACAUGCAGACUGCGGCGGACAAAUGUGAGGAAAUGGAGGAGGGCUACACACAGUGCUCCCAGUUUCUUUAUGGAGUCCAGGAGAAGAUGGGCAUAAUGAAUAAAGGUGUCAUUUAUGCACUUUGGGAUUAUGAACCUCAGAAUGAUGACGAGCUGCCCAUGAGAGAAGGAGACUGCAUGACAAUCAUCCGCAGGGAAGAUGAAGAUGAAAUUGAAUGGUGGUGGGCACGCCUUAAUGAAAACGAGGGAUACAUUCCACGCAACUUGCUGGGACUAUACCCAAGAAUUAAACCAAGACAAAGAAGCUUGGCCUGACCUCUCUAGAACUUUAGUUAAUGAAGAAGUAAUCUUUGUUAUCACUAAGAAGAAGUAAGACAUUGAUUGCUUUUGGCAAAAAUUUCACAAGACUUCUUUUAGUGACAGUGUAGCUCGAAAGCAAUGAAGAAAGUGCUCUGGAAGAAAAUGAAGGAUUGAAGAAUUCACUCUUCAUAGGACAUUCAGUUCAGUGAAUGGAGCCUCUAAGUAAGAGGACUGUGCUGUGUAGGGUAAAGGUGUUCCAUGUAGCACUCAGAAAGAUAGACAGUGACAAUCCCAUGUAUAAAAAAGAGGGCCAUUGAUUUUGCUAGUUGGCCUGCUUAGUAGGCAUUUUCAGCACCUGCUCUGGUACCAAGUCCUCCUGCCAGAAAGGACCAGUGCCAUCAUGACACCAUGCUGAUUGUUCCCAAGCACCAGGGGACGCUUAAGGGACUCACAUGAAGGUUCGAAGGUGCCACACAUUUGUGUAUUGCCAGUGAAGAACUGUCACUUGGUUGUCAGUGAGCAAUAAUUUUAUUACAUAAGUUCUUGUAGCAUCUUAAGAAUUUUAUAUUUGAAAUAUUGAAACUACACUACACUACAGGAAAUUAGAUUUAGAAUCUUGUUUUUAGGCUGAAUUUGAAUCUAUAUUUAUUGUCUUUUGUAUCUUGGAAAUUAGACUUGCUAUAGAGUUGCCUAUAUUUGUCAAAAUCAUAGCUGACUUGAAAAACAAUUGUAAUAAA